AUGUCGGAUGUACUGGCAUACAGAGCGGUCCCAGAAGCCGUCGAGCUCAAACAGGUCGUACGUCUGGCUGGCGCAGACGCAGUGCUUACUAUUCCGACGUUUCUGUUUCCUCAUCACGAGCACAUCUUCCCUGUCAAGCGCACGGAUUUCCAGCUCAUGGAAAUGGAGGAAGCGAUCAAGCUCAUUGCUGGUACCCCGAAGGCAAGGCAGGCUUUGAAAGAAUACGAGAAGCUCAAGAAGGACGAGGCGAGCAUGCAUGUCAGCGCACAUGCUCAUCUACCCGCACAGUUUCAUCAGGAUCUGCUUAAUUUUGUCGCUGCAAUUGUGAAAGCAACCAAGGUCAUCGAGAGCGACAAGUCAUUUGAGGAGGCCAAGGUUCUCCGCGAAUUGAAACGCGUCAGCGCAGCCAGCGGCGACAGCGACGUGGACAGCGUCGCUUCGGUAGAUACCACGACUACCACAAACACCAAUGAUACUACCACGACCGUCAACUCCGACAAGGGCUUCAAAAACUUCCUCAAGAAAGUUGAUACAGGGUUCAAGGAUGCUUCUGCGAAGACAAUGGUGGGCAUGCGGAAAGCCGGUGCUAAUACUGUGUCUGCCAUGGCAAAUGAUCGAUGGAUUGCGAGCUUGGUAGGCAAGAUAACAAGAAAGCUGGAGAAGGCCCAAGGUGAAGUGGGUUACAGUGGCGACGUCCCCAUUGCGCUGGAUAAGUACCGCGUGAGGCACGAGUCUCUGACCAAGAUUCUUCCUUGAGCUGCGAGCAGAUAAGGUUGCGAGUGUAUGAUACCCCAUUUGUGGCGUCGUUUAAGGGUGUGCUAGUUUUAGUAGAAGUAGACCACCGGAGAAGAAGAAAAUU